AUGCUGGACAUCAGAAUGAAGGAGGCGUGUCGUAUCUGCGCAAGGGAGCUCUGCGGUAACCAACGGCGAUGGAUCUUCCACCCCGCCUCCAAACUCAACCUGCAGGUGCUCCUGUCCCACGCCCUGGGGCGAGAGCUGAUCCGCGACGGCCGCGGCGAGUUCGCCUGCUCCAAGUGUGCCUUCAUGCUGGACCGCAUGUAUAGGUUUGAUACGGUGAUUGCCCGGGUGGAGGCUCUGUCCAUUGAACGGCUGCAGAGGUUGCUCCAGGAGAAACACCGGCUACGGGGCCUCAUUGGUGGCCUCUACCGGAAGACCAACAGGGAGGAGGGAGGCAGUGGUGGAGGGGCCAUUACUGGGCCUGGGGAUACGGGAGGAGGGGGAGGAAGGGUACAGGGGGAUGGUAUGGUGGAUAUGUCCAGUCUGACCCAUGCUAAGUACUGUGCCCUGCUCCAGGAGGACUUGGUGUACUCUCUGUAUGAGUCCUGGGCUGAGGAGGGGUUAGAGUUCGGGGGUCACCAUCAUCAUCAUCAUGGGCAUGCCCCACAAUGCGCAGGGCCUGCGUCAGAGGUGACGGCUGUGGGGUCACAGCGCUGUGGGAUUGUCACGCGUUCACCCAGGAAAUGCAGAGGGUGCACGGCGUGGCGAGUGGCGGACUCAGACUACGAGGCUGUGUGUAAAGUACCCAGGAAGUUGGCACGGAGUAUUUCCUGCGACCCAUCGACGAGGUAUUCGGCUAGCGUGAUUGGAGGAGGACGUGUGAGUGGAGGAGAAAGAGGAAGAGGAGGGGAGAAAGAUCCAGAGGGGACCCCCUCCUCGCUCACGCUGAUCCCUGGGUCCAACCCUCCGUCCCGGGCUUCGGACAGCGACCGUACCCUGGCGGCCCGAGCCAGCUCCAGCCCCUCUAUAGACUCCCUGGACAUAGCAGGAGAAUCUAGCCAGCUGUCUGCAAUCCAAGACGGGGACGAGGGGCUAGAGUAUCCCCAGGACCCCCUGGAUGAUCGGUUCUCAGACUCCCUCUCCGAGGAGCACCACCUGGUGACUCCGCUGAGGUCGGCCUCCCGCCUCUCACUGGCCCUCUGCCUGGUCCAGAACUGUGUGUACCGGCCAGUCCAGAGCCCCAAGGGAAGCAGACUGCCUGUACUCAACAGACACAGCCCCAGAAGCGAAGGCUCCAAACUGAGCUUCCAUGAGCCGGCCUUGGGUUUUCCGAAUGGAGGUCCGAAUGGAGAGGGGGAGAUCCAUGGCCAUGUGCCCGACCUGGAGGCCCCUCUGAUCAGGCAGAAUGGAGGGAUGGAUGGGGGUCUGGACCUGGCUGAGAUGGAAGAGCUGUGGGAGGAUCUGUAUCAUGAGUGUCCUCCCCCACGUCCCCACCAGGUAUAACACUGCAGCUCUCAAGUCAGCUCUGGGCAUUGGUUCACCACUGGUCUGUAGUUUCUACUUUUCAGCUACUGGAGCAGUAGCUGAAAUCAAAUGAGUUUUUUUCUUUCGAUAGGAUGCUUUAUUUUACUACAAACCUUUUGUAGCAUAUUUAAUCAUCUACAGAUAUACAAAUCUCAGAAUAUGGAGACUAUUCCAGAAGGUUAGUUAGUUAUCUGUGAAUUCAGCACACAGUGCAGUGCUCCCAACCGUGAGAACAUUCCUUGAUCUCACCAUGCUCCUGGCUAAUUAGCUGGAUAAUCCAGCUGUCUAUCUACAUCACUUUAACCUCUCCUACCCCCUCUCCCUCUCCAGAGAGGAUGCACAGAGGAUGUGCGCUCCAAGCACAUGAAUCAAUGUGUGUGUGUGUGUGUGUGUGCGCGUGCAUGUGUGUCUUGAGAUCAUUGUAUGACUUGGGUGUCUAUGUGCCUAGAUGCACAUCAUACAAUCCUUCAGAUGUCUGUCUGUGUGUUGAAAGCAGUGAGGGAUUCUCAUGUAGAGCACUCAGGCCAGUCAGCCAUACUAAUGAAUGUGUGUGCUCAGAGAGUGGAGCUGUCAUGGUUGGCCUACCACAGAGGCACAUUAACAAACAUAGUAUGAUAUUGUCAUCUUCACAGUACAGAUGUACUUAAUUUGAGCCAGUUUGCUACAGCAGGAAAAGAAUCCUGCAGCAGCAGGAAAUUUGAAUUAUUAAGUGUAUUGUAAUUAAUGGAAAACAUUUUGUAGGGGUUGAUACAUUUUUAAUUAGGGAAAAUAGUCUGACAUUUUAAAGCGGAAAUUACAAGGGUUUUUAAAUCUCGAAUACACAACGAGUUUGCAUUUCCUGCUGUGCAUGACAUUUCUCAGUAACAAAAGAGUGAUCAAAUUAAGAUCCUACAUCUGUAGCUUCAGCCAUUUUGGCCUGCAAGUGCUUUUCAAUGAGCUCUCAUGAAGUAAGCCAAAAUUCUGUCAAAUAGUAUGCCAAAAUAGUAGAUAAUAAUCAGUGUUUAUUUGGUAGUUCAAAGCUGAGAAAGAAACUAGAACUUGGAAACCAUAUCAGAUAUCACAUAUGUAGAUACAUAUGUAGGACCAUCAUUUGAGCCAGUUUGCUAAAGCAGGAAAAUAAUCAUGCAGCAACAGGAAAUGUGAAUUAUUAUAUGUAUUAUAAUUUAUGGACAUUUUUGUAGAGAAGCCUUUUUAAACCUCAAAUACACUACAGUGGGGGGAAAAAAGUAUUUAGUCAGCCACCAAUUGUGCAAGUUCUCCCACUUAAAAAGAUGAGAGAGGCCUAUAAUUUUCAUCAUAGGUACGCGUCAACUAUGACAGACAAAUUGAAAAUAAGUAUUUGGUCACCUACAAACAAGCAAGAUUUCUGGCUCUCACAGACCUGUAACUUCUUCUUUAAGAGGCUCCUCUGUCCUCCACUCGUUGCCUGUAUUAAUGGCACCUGUUUGAACUUGUUAUCAGUAUAAAAGACACCUGUCCACAACCUCAAACAGUCACACUCCAAACUCCACUAUGGCCAAGACCAAAGAGCUGUCAAAGGACACCAGAAACAAAAUGGUAGACCUACACCAGGCUGGGAAGACUGAAUCUGCAAUAGGUAAGCAGCUUGGUUUGAAGAAAUCAACUGUGGGAGCAAUUAUUAGGAAAUGGAAGACAUACAAGACCACUGAUAAUCUCCCUCGAUCUGGGGCUCCACGCAAGAUCUCACCCCGUGGGGUCAAAAUGAUCACAAGAACGGUGAGCAAAAAUCCCAGAACCACACGGGGGGACCUAGUGAAUGACCUGCAGAGAGCUGGGAUCAAAGUAACAAAGCCUACCAUCAGUAACACACUACGCCGCCAGGGACUCAAAUCCUGCAGUGCCAGACGUGUCCCCCUGCUUAAGCCAGUACAUGUCCAGGCCCGUCUGAAGUUUGCUAGAGUGCAUUUGGAUGAUCCAGAAGAGGAUUGGGAGAAUGUCAUAUGGUCAGAUGAAACCAAAAUAGAACUUUUUGGUAAAAACUCAACUCGUCGUGUUUGGAGGACAAAGAAUGCUGAGUUGCAUCCAAAGAACACCAUACCUACUGUGAAGCAUGGGGGUGGAAACAUCAUGCUUUGGGGCUGUUUUUCUGCAAAGGGACCAGGACGACUGAUCCGUGUAAAGGAAAGAAUGAAUGGGGCCAUGUAUCGUGAGAUUUUGAGUGAAAACCUCCUUCCAUCAGCAAGGGCAUUGAAGAUGAAACGUGGCUGGGUCUUUCAGCAUGACAAUGAUCCCAAACACACCGCCCGGGCAACGAAGGAGUGGCUUCGUAAGAAGCAUUUCAAGGUCCUGGAGUGGCCUAGCCAGUCUCCAGAUCUCAACCCCAUAGAAAAUCUUUGGAGGGAGUUGAAAGUCCGUGUUGCCCAGCGACAGCCCCAAAACAUCACUGCUCUAGAGGAGAUCUGCAUGGAGGAAUGGGCCAAAAUACCAGCAACAGUGUGUGCAAACCUUGUGAAGACUUACAGAAAACGUUUGACCUGUGUCAUUGCCAACAAAGGGUAUAUAACAAAGUAUUGAGAAACUUUUGUUAUUGACCAAAUACUUAUUUUCCACCAUAAUUUGCAAAUAAAUUCAUUAAAAAUCCUACAAUGUGAUUUUCUGGAGAAAAAAAAUCUCAUUUUGUCUGUCAUAGUUGACGUGUACCUAUGAUGAAAAUUACAGGCCUCUCUCAUCUUUUUAUUUGGGAGAACUUGCACAAUUGGUGGCUGACUAAAUACUUUUUUUCCCCACUGUACAUGUUUUAAAUGUCUCGCAACAGGGUGAUCAAAUUAAGAUCAUACAUCUGUAGAACCUGAGGUGCUGUGUAUGAUCUAUCUACACUGAGUAUACCAAACAUUAGGAACACCUUCAUACACUUUUUGCCUUCAGAACAGCCUCAAUUCAACAGGGCAUGGACUCUACAGGGUUGUCGAAAGCAUUCCACAGGGAUGCUGGCCCAUGUUGACUCCAAUGUUUGCCACAGUUGGCUGGAUGUGCUUUGGGUGGUGGACCAUUCUUGAUACACACAGGAAACUAUUGAGCAUGAAAAACCCAGCAGCGUUGCAGUUCUUGACACUAACCGGUGCGCCUGGCACCUACUACCAUACCCCGUUCAAAGACACAUUUUUUGUCUUGCCCAUUCACCCUCUGAAAGGCACACACACACAAUCAUUGUCUCAAUUGUCUCAAGGCUUAAAAUUAUUCUUUAACCUGUCUCCUCCCCUUCAUCUACACUGAUUGAAGUGGAUUUAAUAAGUGACAUCAAUAAGGGAUCAUAGCUUUCACCUGGUCAGUGUAUGUCUUAAUGUUUUGUAUACUCAGUGUAUAUCCUCAAAUUAUUACUUGCAUAUAGCAGGUAUUUGCCUUGGGGCUGCUACAGAAAUCUGCUGACUGGUGAGAACUGUGUUGAUAAUCCAGGUACUCUUUCCAUUAUCAAGUUUCAUCCCGGAUUCUUAAAGCUGUAGCCCUGUACUUAAGCUCAAUGUAUUACUGCAAAAAAUGUAAUGUUACCUUGCAGUCUAACCAAGGUCCAUGAAAUGAAGACCAAACAGGGUAUACAGAAGAUAUGUAGUAUCCUCUGGAAUAAAAUGAAGGUUCAUUGGGUGCUUUGGUACAGUAGCCCUAUGCGCUCUGAAAUCACAAUCAUCUCGACUCUAGCUCCUCUGUGAGCCUCAGUAUAGACUACAGUCGGUGACAGAGAUUCAGGCUGUGUCUGUGUGUGUCUGAUUUAGGAGUAUUCCUUAAUCUGAAUGUGAUUUCAGGGCUCAGCCAGCCCCAGCCCUGUUCACUAAACUAGGUUAGCGCAUGGGGAGACGUGGAAUGGAGUGGCACCACUAUUGGCCUAUUUUCACAGCAGCAAUAAGCCUUGGAGGCAGCAAGCCCUGAUACUACCGCACAAUGUCAGACCAGGCAUCUGUCUCAAUGCUGGUUGGCUAGUGGAUGUCAUUAUAUUUUAGCAUGUACCAUAGGCAUAUAACUACUAGAAAUCAUAUAACUUUCUAAUUCAAAGUAAUUCUAUUUCUAUGGCAUGUGCAGUAUCUCUCACCGUGCUACUCAAAUGGCCUAGACUAUAGCUAUACAGUAUGUUUUUGGCUUGGGCCUGUAAGUAUCUAUAGUAUGUACUGUAGCUCUUUGGACCUCUACUGUAUAUAUACAGUAUAAGGAGAUUUUGUCAGCUCAUAAUAACAAUCCACAUACCACCACAUACAUCUAACCUAUGUUCCCAUUCUAACAGGGAUUUCACUUAUUCAUAUUACUUACGUGUGUGUUGUAGGAUUUACUCCCGUAGUAUAGUGUAAACCUAUAAAUAUAGGAUGUGAGUGCUUUGUGAGUGCUCACAUGUAAAUGCUUUAAGGGAGAUGCUGACACACUGGUUAUGUAAGUUACGUUAGGGGCACCACAGAGCACUUAACAUACACACAGGAACAUAGGGAGCUCUCAAGAGAAUAUCCUCAGGAUGGAUCUGCUUUUAACAACAUACAAAGAUGGGUGAACAGAACAUUUGGUUUCAAAAGUACAGUCACCAACAACCCAGCUCAGUGCGUUGUUACUUUUCCUUAUACAGAUCUGUCCCUGUGUCUCUCAGGUCUGGCUAGAGCAGUUGGAUAGGAAUACUGAUUCUUUCCCAUAGUAUUAAUUUGUGAGAGAAGCUAGAUUCGGUAAACGUGGACUGUAAUGUGUGUGUGUUAACCCCUGUCUUUCUGUGUGUAUUCCAGACUCUGAUCGAGGAGCAGCAGAGCCAGUUGAACCAGUAUGAGUGUGCAGCAGGUCAGUGUGUCAGUGAGCUGCAGAAGGCCCAGCUCCAGGUCCAGUCCCUGCAGACCAAGAUCCACGAGAGCGAAGCCAACAACGCGGUACGGCUACAGAGAGACAUUACCCAUCUAUACAUCAAACACACACACACAUGCACACACACACAAGCAUGUGCACAGAUGCACAUGCACACAGCCUCUUUCAUGUCCCUUAGUCUCUCUCUCUACUUACUCAUCCUCUCUCUCUCUCUCUCUCUCUUUCCCUCCCUCCCUCUCCAGAAGUUGCAGGAGAAGCUCAGUGAGAUGGAGUGUGAACUGCGUUCCAUCCGCCAGGGAGCUCAGAACCAGGAGCGCACCAUCCAAUGCCUGACUGAUUCUGUCAGUACCAAGGACAACGAGGUGUGUGUGGUCUACACUGAGGUUACAUUGCUGCCCCAGAACCAUUUGGGACGCAGCCAGGUGACUACAUUUGAGUACACACUCAGUAGUGAUUUGCAGAAUAUUCUCUAUGUCCUCCUCAGGCCGAGGAGCUGUACCAGCUAAUUGAGGGGCAGAACGCCACACUGUGUAAGCUGAGAGAGAUGGCCCACCGCAACCAGAUCACGCACACUCAGGUGAGACCUCACACACCCCAGACAGGUCCAGACAAGCACCCAGCAGCAUACUAGUUAAUAAAGAGCCAUAAUAACCCAACUGUUGAUAGAUAGAUAGAUAGAUAGAUAGAUAGAUAGACAGACAGACAGACAGACAGACAGACAGACAGACAGACAGACAGACAGACAGACAGACAGACAGACAGACAGACAGACAGACAGACAGACAGACAGACAGACAGACAGACAGACAGACAGACGACAGACAGACAGACAGACAGACAGACAGACAGACAGACAGACAGACAGACAGACAGACAGACAGACAGACAGACAGACAGACAGACAGACAGACAGACAGACAGACAGACAGACAGACAGACAGACAGACAGACAGACAGACAGACAGACAGACAGACAGACAGACAGACAGACAGACAGACAGACAGACAGACAGACAGACAGAUAGAUACUCCCUUUCUUGCCUCUUUCUCUAUCUCCAUGACCAGUCUAACCCCAGUGGUUUUUCAUUGUUUGGUCCGCUCUACCAGGCUCCAGAGGGGGGCAGUGAGGGUGCGGCUUUAGCCCAGCUUCAGGGUGAGUUGGUGGGGUUACAGAGCUCUCUGUUCACCCUGGGUCUGGAGCUGGAGGCCAGUCAGAGAGCCCAGAGACAGAGCCAGAGACAGGCUGAGGACCUGAGCAGAGCUAAAGACAGACUCCAGUCUGACCUAAAGGAGGCACUGCAGCACAGGGAGGUCACCGACAAACACAACCAGGUGUGUGUGUGUGUGCUGCGUGUGUGUGGAUGUGUUGGUGUGGGUGGGGUGUGUGUGUGUGUGUGUGCGUGAACAAUCUGGACUCCUGUAGCAAUGAUGUAGGUGGUGCGUGUAACCUGUCCUCUGUCCCACUGUAGGACUUGAGCAGUGUCCUGGCUCAGUCUCGCUUUGAGCUGCAGGCUAAAGAGGCUCAGCUUAAGGAGAGCAAGGCAGAGAAACACACGGAGGUUCAGGAGAGAGACAGGCACAUCACCCAGCUCAAACACUCCCUUCAGGACAAGGAGAGGCAGCUACAGGUAAGACACAUAAACACACACACACACAAGCACACAUGAACACACACACACACACACUAACCCUAUCCCUCACCCUUUGUAGGAGUACUCUGAACUCCUGGAGUCAGCAGACAGCUCCAAACCCAGAGAUGCUCUGCUGGACAGACUGAGAGAACGCAUCAGAGACAGGGACAGAGCAUUGGAGGUAAGAACACACACUUACUGGAUGGAUGGAUGGAUGGGUAGGUGGGUGGGUGGGUGGGCGAGUGGGUGCAUACUAAUAAUGAUUGAUGUUCUCUUUCUCUGUCCAGCGGUCUAUAGAUGAGAAGUUCAGUGGUCUGGAGGAGAGGGAGGAGCAGGUGAGGAAACUACAGCUGGCCCUUAGAGAGAAGGAACGAGACCUGGAGAGACUGCGCUGUAUACUGUCCAACAACGAGGAGACUAUCACGGUACACACACAAACACAAACGCACACACUAAAGGAAGAUACCUUGAGCAACCAUGAGGAUACACACUCUCUCACACACAGUACAUCUAUAUACAGUGCAUUCGGAAAGUAUUCAGACAGCUUGACUUUUUCCACAUUUUGUUACGUUACAGCCUUAUUCAAAAAUGGAUUAAAUAAAUAACAUUUCCUCAUCAAUCUACACACAAUACCCCAUCACGACAAGGCGAAAACAGUUUUUUUAGAAAUUUUAGCAAAUGUAUUAAAAUAAAAAACUGAAAUACCUUAUUUACGUAAGUAUUCAGACCCUUUGAUAUGAGACUCGAAAUUGAGCUCAGGUGCAUGCUGUUUCCAUUGAUCAUCCUUGAGAUGUUUCUACAACUUAAUUGGAGUCCACCUGUCUAUAUAAGAUCCCACAGUUGACAGUGCAUGUCAGUGCAAAAACCAAGCCAUGAGGUCGAAGGAAUUUGUCCGUAGAGCUCCGAGACAGGAUUGUGUUGAAGCAAAGAUCUGGGGUAGGGUACCAAAACAUUUCUGCAGUAUUGAAGGUCCCCAAGAACACAGUGGCCUCCAUCAUUCUUAAAUGGAAAAAGUUUGGAACCACCAAGACUCUUCCUAGAGCUGGCCGUCCGGCCAAACUGAGCAAUCGGGGGAGAAGGGCCUUUGUCAGGGAGGUGACCAAGAACCCGAUGGUCACUCUGUGGAGAUGGGAGAACCUUCCAGAAGGACAACCAUCUCUGCAGCACUCCACCAAUGAGGCCUUUAUGGUAGAGUGGCCAGAUGGAAGCCACUCCUCAGUAAAAAGGCACAUGACAGCCUGCUUGGAGUUUUCCAAAAGGCACCUAAAGACUCUCAGACCAUGAGAAACAAGCUUCUCUAGUCUGAUUAAACCAAGAUUGAACUCUUUGGCCUGAAUGCCAAGCGACACGUCUGGAGGAAACCUGGCACCAUCCCUACGGUGAAGCAUGGUGGUGGCAGCAUCAUGCUGUGGGGAUGUUUUUCAGUGGCAGGGGCUGGGAGACUAGUCAGGAUCGAGGGAAUAAUGAACGGAGCAAAGUACAUAGAGAUCCUUGAUGAAAACCUGCGCUCAGGACCUCAGACUGGGGCGAAGGUUCACCAUCCAACAGGACAACCCUAAGCACACAGCCCAGACAACGCAGGAGUGGCUUCGGGACAAGUCUCUGAAUGUCCUUGAGUGGCCCAGCCAGAGCCCGGACUUCAACCCGAUCGAACAUCUAUGGAGAGACCUGAAAAUAGCUGUGCAGCGACGCUCCCCAUCCAAGAGAAACUCCCCAAAUACAGGUGUGCCAAGCUUGUAGCGUCAUACCCAAGAAGACCCGAGGCUGUAAUCACUGCCAAAGGUGCUUCAACAAAGUACUGAGUAAAGGGUCUGAAUACUUAUGUAAAUGUAAUAUUUCAAUUUUUUUAAUUUGAUAACUUAGCAAAAAAAAUGUUUUGCUUUGUCAUUAAAAAAAGCUAUUUAAUCAAUUUUUGAAUAAGGCUGUAACGUAACAAAAUGUGGAAAAAGUCAAGGGGUCUGAAUACUUUCCGAAAGCACUGUACAUUGAUAUGUUUUUACUAUUUGGUGGUCCUCUGUAGCUCAGCUGGUAGAGCACGGCGCUUGUAACGCCAAGGUAGUGGGUUCGAUCCCCGGGACCACCCAUACACAAAAAAUGUAUGCACGCAUGACUGUAAGUCGCUUUGGAUAAAAGCGUCUGCUAAAUGGCAUAUUAUUAUUAUUCUAUUUGUGUGUGAUAGAAUCUGGAUGCGUUGGUGCGGAGUAAGGAGCUGGAUGUGGAGCAGGCAGCAGAAGCUCACAGGAACCUACAGUGGCUUCCAGCAGCAGGGCGAGGAGAGAGAGAAGAACACUCUGAGAGAGAGAGACACGCUCAUCAGCCAGCUACAGACUGCCCUGCAGACACGCAGCCAGGAGACACAGGUAAACACACACACAAACACACACACACGCAAAAACACACACAAAUGCGAACACAUACGCAAACACGCGCUUGCUAAACUAAAUCAACAGCUCAGAUAGGUCACACUAGGAAGGACUGGCUAUACCACCAGUUUGCAUUCUGUUUGGUCUUGUAACCAAAGGACACAAGUUUCUCCUCUAGUUUCUCUCCAUUGUUGAAGUUUUUCAUUGUUGGCUGAAAUUAAUGACUUGCAAUGCUUUAACAACCUCAAACUAGUCCAAUGACGAAAAACCUGCUCUUAUUUCUGACCCUUACAAAAACGACAGAUAUACUGACGUGUGUGUUUGUUUUUCUCCUAUGUGUGUGUAGGUCCUCACGGCAGCCCUCCUGGCUAAGGUCCAGGCAGGCCCUAGUGGGGUGGUGGAGGAGCUGAAGACUCGCCUCACGCUGAAGGAGAAACUGUUUCAGGAACUGCUGUCAGACCGCAGCCGCCAGAGCCACGAACACCAAGCACAGGUCCAGGAUCUGCUCAGCACCAUCAGCACUAAGGACCAGUACAUACAGGUACCAACACACACACACACCGCUGAUCUAGGACCUGUCUCUGAGAAUAUGAAUGAUGAGUUUAUGUCAGCUGUACAGUGUACUCAGCCCAACAUCACUAAGAAAAAUCCAAUAGUCUAUUAUAGAAAUGGAAAUAUAUACAAUAGAAUGGACAUAAGCAUAUAAAGUGACAGUCGAUUUCAGAUUCUCUCUUCUCUGCCUCUCUCUCUCUCCCCCUCCGUCUACCUCCCUCUCCCCCUCUCUCCCUCCCACCUCCUCUCUCAGGACUGCACUGAUAGGCUCUCUCAAGUUAUUGGCGAGCGGACAGGCCAGCUUCAGGAGCUGCGCAGGCAGCUGUCGUCACAGGAACGGGAGAUGGGCGAGCUGCGGAGGGAUAGAGAGAAGGAGAGAGUGGAAGAGGCAGAGCGACUGCAGAACCUGCUGAAGGAGAAAGAGGCUUUUAUCCAGGUGAAUUCUGGGACACUGGAUGACUACACAAACACACACACACACACACACACACACACACACACACACACACACACACACACACACAACACCACACACACACACACACACACACACACACACACUCUAACACUCCUACUCCUCCCCACCCAGAGUCUGAUGCAGGGCCAGGAGGAGAGCAUGGAGCCCUCCACACCAGAGGGGGCAGCAGAGGUACAGGUCAUUCAGGAGGAGCUGCAGCUGGUCAGUAAGAAGGAGAAGGAGGCUCAGCUGGAGCUUUCAGCCCUGCGUUCAGCUCUAGCUCAGGCCCAGGAGCAGGCCCAGAAGCAGGGGGAUAAAUUUAAGAUCCUGGCCCCAGGAGUAGUAGCAAGGGAGCCCUCCAACACUGACCACCAGGUAUCCCUCUCCGCCGAAAUGUUUUAUUGUCUACAACAUCCUACUGAGUGGAGUGUGUGUUUAUAAUGUUUCUCUCUCUCUCUCUCUCUCUCUCUCUCUCUCUCUCUCUCUCUCUCUCCUCUCCUCUCCUCUCUCUCUCUCUCUCUCUCUCUCUCCCUCCCUCUCCCUCUCUCUGUCUCUUCCUCCCCCUUUCCUUUUCCCAACCUCUCUGUCAGAGUGUGUUGGAGCAGUUGGUCAGUGAGUACCACAGGCUGAACGAUGCUCUGAGGGCAGAGAAGAGGCUGUACCAGAGUCUGAGCCACAUCCAGGCCAGAGGAAACAGGUAGGAGAUGGCCACAGAGGCCUUCACUGAGGCCAAGAAUACACACAUCUGGGUACCUACACAUACACACACCUGGGUGCCUACAAAUACACACAUUUGUGGACAGUGUAAGCUACAGUAGUAGGCUAGUAACAACUGUUAAAACCACAUAAUCAGUGUUUGAGGAUGUUUGUGUUUGUGUGUGGUGUCAUUGCCCCUCUCUCAGCAGCUCAGAGAAGACCCAGGCCCUGCACACAGAACUAGACUCUGUUCAGGCACUCCGAGGGCAGCUGGAGGAGGUCCUAGCCAGGACCCGGAAAACCGCCCUGGCACUGGAGAGGGCAGCUAAGAGGCAGUCUGACUUUGGAGGUGGGGACGGGCCGGGACCGGCCUCCAGGGCUACCGGGGGCUCUGUUACUAAUUCUGUAGGAUAUUCUGUCUAGCCACUGCACCAAUGAGUCAGACAAAUACACUGCAGGUAGAAGUUGCCCUUAGGUGCAGAUCUAGGAUCAGUUUACAUUAACCUAAAUCCUAACCUUAACCAUUAGGGGGAAACACUCAAUACUGACAUAAGAUCAGUGACUAUGGGCAACUUUGUUCCUCUUUGGAUGACACAGACACACCACACAAUAACUAAUGCCUGGGGUGGUUUUAGUUACUGUAUGAAGUCUCAAUGUGCAACUCAGAUGUUUUAUUAUUAUUUAUUAUUAUUAAUAUAUUCUAUGAGUGUGUUUUGAAUUGUUGUGUUUAUAUUGUUUUUGCCAACUGCCUGCGUAUUGCUUUGCAGUGUGACUGUUCUGUAAUGCCAUUUGUAUUGUACUGUGUCUCUCGGUGUCAAUGUUUCCAGCCAUACGGUGAUGUGAUGUGUUGUGUAGACAGUCCAGCUCAUGCCUUACAGUAAAUGUCUUCAAGUCAUCCAUCUUAUUAUUUAAUGCCAUCUUUGUGUAUGCAGGCCCAAGAUAUAUUAGCUGAAAUUAAAAGGAUGGCCAAGUAGUUAGAAUUCCUCCGCAGAUCUCCAUUCCAUGGGGUUUAAAGAUCCUAUAAUUUGCUCAUAGUUAUUCUUAGUCUCAAAGACGAUGCAUGGACCACUAGAUGAGUAGUCAAUAGUGUUUGCUUAACAAAGUAAGAAUCCUUAUUGAAGUUAUUUGUUUUUGCUGAACUAAAACCUUUGCGGUUAUCCCUCUUCGAUAACCCACAACCCAAGUAUCUUAGAUAGCAGGCCUAUUUGUUACAUUUAUUGAUAGACUUUGUAACGAUCACAUACAAUGUGAUAAAAAUAUGAUAAUAAGAUGAUACCUAGUAUCAUUCAAGAUUCGAUUGGUCCAGAUUGAUUAGGUUUUAAGGAUUUUGGGAUUAGUGAAGGAAUUUUCCAUUAAGAUUUGGUGAUGAAACCAAAAAGAAAUUGUACUUUGAAAUGGAAAGUAAAUAAAAGAUUUCCUGUUUUUUGUUGAAAGGAUUUUUUCUUUUUAAUUGGGGACUGGAUUCCCUCUCCCUUUUUGCCCCCUUAUGAAAUACAACAAACCCUCCCCUCUCCCCCAACUAGUAGAGAACAGAUAAUGGGUGUUCUGUCUAUCCCUGAGGUGAAAGAAAGAGUAAGUGGUAAUCAUGUACUUUUCUCAUCGCUGUCUGAAGAGUCACCUCUGUCUCUACACUCUGUCGCCAUAGUCUCUCAGUGUUCAAAACACACACUCUUAACCAUUACCGUCCACAAACACUUGCAUACACACACACACAUACUCUCACCCGCUCACACAUAUUCUAAGAAUAUCCUUAUAAGACACAUUUUCUGUCACAGAAGAAAGAGAUCUCUCAUGUUUGAGGGAGUUACACUACCAUUUCUCUGUCAUUAACCUAUGACUUCUCUGCCACAUGCAUGGCAUCCCAGCAUGUUGUUUGCAUGGCUAGUUUGCUGUGAUGUGUAUUGACAACUUUGACACAGAUAAGUCACUUACUAUUGAGUAGAAGAAUAUAUUAUACUAUACUGAUUAUGUUAUGUGCCUCACACUAGUUAUGAUUUCCAAUCAUUAUAUCUAACAGGAUAGAUUAUAUAAGGCAUAUACAAAUAGUGAAUUUUGCACAUCACAUGACGUCUGCACGGCCUGGAUCUGUGUGCUUCCUGUGUGUCUCACCAUCACCACCAGAGGCUCUGGUAAGGACACAGGGAGAUGUCCGCCAAUGAAAAUAACUAGUUCAUAUGGUCUAUAUGUCAUUAUUUAACUGUAAUAUCAUGUAAUUAUAUAGCAUUCAACUAUAAUUACAUGAAUAUACAAUUUCAUUAUGCGCUUAGAUAGAUGCUUCUAUUGUACAUACAGGUAACUGCCAAAAUAAAGGAAACACGAGUAAAUGAGGGAUACGAAGUAUAUUGAAAGCAGGUGCUUCCACACAGGUGUGGUUCCUGAGUUAAUUAAGCAAUUAACAUCCCAUGUUUAGGGUUGUUUAUAAAAAUGCCCAGUUGCCCAUUAUUUUGGCUACCAUAGCUAGAAGAGAUCUCAGUGACUUUGAAAGAGGGGUCUCAAAUGAGCAUAGGGAGUUUAAAGGUGGGUGUGGGUGUGUGUCUCAGUUACCAGAUCUCAACCCAAUUGAACGCGUAUGGGAGAUUCUGGCGCGGCACCUGAGAUAGCGUUUUCCACCAGCAUGAACAAAGCACCAAAUGAUGGAAUCUCUCGAGGAAGAAUGGUGUUGCAUCCUUCCAAUAGAGUUCCAGACACUUGUAGAAUCUAUGCCAAGGCGCAUUAAAGCUGUUCUGGUGGCUCGUGGUGGCCCAACACCCUAAUUAGACACUAUGUUGGUGUUUUCAUUCUUUUGGCAGUUACCUGUAUGAACUCCCUUCAGACAAAUUGCUCUGUCAUAGUGUAGGACACACCAGCUCUGUCUAAAAUGGCCACGGUCUGCUGUUCUGUAGGCUGAAUAAACAGAGCCUUGCAGUGAGGGAGUUUGUCUUAUACUUGAUCUGGUCUUCCUUGUCCCUCAGCCAACUUUCCCCUUGUCCCCCUGUCCCCCUCAUAGCUUUUGACCCACCCCAUCCUAAUACACAAUGCCAAGGGUUAUAAGUGAGUUAUAGGCAGUUCUAAAAAAUCGAACCAAGAAUAUUCUCUCCCAUAAGACUCUUCCAUAGAUCAUGAACAGAAGAUUUCAUUAUCCUCCUUCUAAUCGGUGGCAGAUGUGCGUUUCUAUGCAAAGAAUGCACACAGUAGGGUCGUUCCACGAAAUGAGUGCCAGAAUUCAGCAUUUUGACAUGUCUCUCUGUCAACCCAGUGUCACCUCUAGGAAGAUUUUAACCCACUUAACCCCCAAAUUCUCAAAGUUUCACCAUCAUUGUAAACCCCUAGUUAUUUUUUUGCUUUGACUAAGUCAUUUCUGGAAUAUUAUUUAUUUCAUGUGAUUAAUGAUUCAUUUACAGUGGCUUGCGAAAGUAUUCACCCCCCUUGUCAUUUUUCCUAUUUUGUUGCCUUACAACCUGGAAUUAAAAUUGAUUUUUGGGGGGGUGAAUUUGUAUCAUUUGAUUUACACAACAUGCCUACCACUUUGAAGAUGCAAAAUAUGUUUUAUUGUGAAACAAACAAGAAAUAAGACAAAAAAACGGAAAACUUGAGCGUCCAUAACUAUUCAUUGUCCUGCUGGAAGGUGAACCUCCGUCCCAGUCUCAAAUCUCUGGAAGACUGAAACAGGUUUCCCCUCAAGAAUUUCCCUGUAUUUAGUGCCAUCCAUCAUUCCUUAAAUUCUGACCAGUUUCCCAGUCCCUGCCGAUGAAAAACAUCCCCACAGCAUGAUGCUGCCACCACCAUGCUGCACUGUGGGGAUGGUGUUCUCGGGUUGAUGAGAGGUGUUGGGUUUGCGCCAGACAUAGCGUUUUCCUUGAUGGCCAAAAAGCUAAAUUUUAGUCUCAUCUGACCAGAGUACCUUCUUCCAUAUGCUUGGGGAGUCUCCCACAUGCCUUUUGGCGAACACCAAACGUGUUUGCUUAUUUUUUUCUUUAAGCAAUGGCUUUUUUCUGGCCACUCUUCCGUAAAGCCCAGCUCUGUGGAGUGUACGGCUUAAAGUGGUCCUAUGGACAGAUACUCCAAUCUCUGCUGUGGAGCUUUGCAGCUCCUUCAGGGUUAUCUUUGGUGUCUUUGUUGCCUCUCUGAUUAAUGCCCUCCUUGCCUGGUCCAUGAGUUUUGGUGGGCGGCCCUCUCUUGGCAGGUUUGUUGUGGUGCCAUAUUCUUUCCAUUUUUUAAUAAUGGAUUCAAUGGUGCUCCGUGGGAUGUUCAAGGUUUCGGAUAUUUUUUUUAUAACCCAAACCUGAUCUGUACUUCUCCACAACUUUGUCCCUGACCUGUUUGGAGAGCUCCUUGGUCUUCAAGGUACCGCUUGCUUGGUGGUGCCCCUUGCUUAGUGGUGUUGCAGACUCUGGGGCCUUUCAGAACAGGUGUAUAUAUAAUGAAAUCAUGAGACACUUAGAUUGCACACAGAUGGACUUUAUUUAACUAAUUAUGUGACUUCUGAAGGUAGUUGGUUGCACCAGAUCUUAUUUAGGGACUUCGUAGCAAAGGGGUUGAAUACUUAUGCACGCACCACUUUUCCGUUAUUUAUCUUUUAGAAUUUUUUUAAACAAGUUUUUAAUUUUUUUUUACUUCACCAAUUUGGACUAUUUUUUGUAUGUCCAUUACAUGAAAUCCAAAUAAAAAUCCAUUUAAAUUACAGGUUGUAAUGCAACAAAAUAGGAAAAACGCCAAGGGGGAUGAAUACUUUUGCAAGGCACUGUACGUCUGUCCCUCAUUUAAAGUCAUAUAAUUGAAUUGUCAUUUUAAUAUGGUUAAACUAUUCUUUUUUAAAUACUGAAAAAAAAGAAGCAUUGAACAUCUAAUUGUCAAAUCAUAGCGUAAAAGUAGUUCUACUCUUUUUGGCCAUUUUCUGGUGUUUUUCGGUGCAAAACUGAGCGAGCUUGCAACACACAACAAGCUUCCAUUCCCUCUGUCACAAUGGGAUGUAUGACUGAUUUAAGAAGAAAUCAUCAACCCUGUUACAGUCAACCCUGUUACUUUAUUUGGCACUUAAUAGGCACUUACUAUAGUAUUUUUUUUAUUUAACCUCUUGAGAUGGAAAAAAUAUAUAUAUGAAGUUGAACAUGCACUCUUUAUGACAGAAUGUUAAAAAUAGAUAUUUGUGGUUGUUAUUACUUCAUGCCUCAUAGCGCCACAGAGAGGGAGAGUGUGUGUAUGUGCGUUUUGUGUGUGUGUGUGUGUGAGUCCAUAUCCCCAGCACAGAGUGAACACACACACACACACACUACAGGGUUGGGCAGAAGACAGAGGGGCUGUCCUGUCCGCGGCUGGGCCAGGCUCAAUGUGUGUGUUUGGUGUGUGUUUGGCUGUCUACUCCUGACAUAACAUUUGAUUCAGACCAGGGAAAGAGAGAAGGGGAGAGAGAGAGGUAGAGAAAGAGGGAGGAAGAAAAAUAGUUUGAGGGAGAGAGUGGUAGAGUGUUGGUAGGGGAGAGGUUGAGAGACAAAGUGAGGCAUGGGAGAAAAGAAGGACAAGGAAGUGUCUGAUCUGAUCGGUUGGCUGUUGUGUUUUCAGAGCUCAGCACGGAGGAAGAGGAGGAGGGAGAUGAUGAAGAGGGCAGCACUGAUGAGUUCUCAGACAGUAUCGAAGACGAUGAGGAGAAACUGACUGCCAAAAGCCUGGCCUCCACUAAGGUACAUGUGACUUUUUACCUUUAAAUCUUAAAUUGUACACUAGCCUUGUGCCUCUCAUCGUAGUCUCUCUAGACAGACUGGUUGCCUCCCACAAGGUACCAAUGUUCCAGUACCAAUGUUCCAGUGUUGUUGCCUUAGGUAUGGUAUUUCCAACACUUCUCUCAUCCCCUUGUACUUUAGAGCUUAAUGUUGACAAUCUUCCAACCUGGGUGCCAGACUGUUUCUGUAUUCAACAACGCUGCAUUGUUCCCUUGCCAAAUAAGACAAUAACAAAGCAGUUAGCUUAAGCAGACGCAGACCAGUACCCAGACUAACAAGUCCUUUUUCAUGUUAUGAAACUGUAAUUCUGUUAACCCUCUCUUUAACUCUCUUUUCUCUCUUUCUUAACCAGAAUGCUGGAAUGGCCUGUGAGCAGGGGGUGCUGUCUGGAGGACCUGUGAGUGGAGCACUGUCCCAGGGGGCCGAGGGGCAGGUGAAGCAGCUGGACUGAACAGAAGAGGGCACUAGAAGAAGAACUGGAGGAGAUGAGAACACAGCUGGAGACCACCGGCUGCUCCUCCCUAGCCCAGAUGAGGUAUGUACCUACACAGUACCCACUCACCUACUUACCUCAGUAUCUACUAGUAGCACACAUUAAAUGGUCUAUACUGUAGCCCUAGCCCAGAUCAUGUACAACAUCUACCUACUAGAAGCACUGUCAAAGGCUCACAGUCUGAAUGUCAUUGCAGUAGUUGUUGUAGUGAAUUAAUUCAUGAAUUACAUUUGAUUUUUGGCGGCCCAUCCCAUCCCAGUUGGUUGGCCCAUCCCUUACGGGAUUAAUUGACACACAAACAAACAUUACAUGAUACAACAUUACAAUGAUUCACAGUGAUAAUUCGUCCGGUGUUCUGUACAGUGCUCUCCGCAUAUAAAGAAUGAAAAAUAUCAAUACAUAAUAGUGGAUAAGGUUAUCCAAGCAAUUACAAUAACCCUUAAGCAGUGUAGUUGUUGUUAUUAAUACUGAAUCCAAUGGUUUACUUUCCAUCUCUUGCAGGAGUACACUGCUGCGGCUGCAACAAGAGAAUGAGGCCCUGAAAGAGAACCAAGGGGGAGUAGAGGGUCUAGGAGAGCUGGAAGAUCCAACAGACAUGUGCCAAGGAUGGCAACAGGAAGAGGAGGAGGAGAUGGAGGAAGAGGAAGAGGUACUACCAGCAGUGGUACCCACCCAGGGCAAGCGAGGCCCCCCAGCAUUACGGCUGAGAGAGGGAAGGGGAAAGAGACAGUGUACCAGACCUCACUCCUUAGACCUGGGAACUCUUCUGUCCCACCGUCAGCCAGACCACACAGAGAAGGUAAAGAUACACUCCUCUACCCUAAACCAGUGUUUGCCGGAAUAGUGUUAACAUCUCACUCUCUUUAUCGUUCUACAUUUUCAUCUUACUCUCUGUCUCUCUCUAUCUCGUUCUCUCUCCCUCUCUUCCCUUACAUUCUCUCUCUCUCUCUCUCUCUCUCUCUCUCUCUCUCUCUCCCUCCCUCCCUCCCUCUAUCGAUCUUUCCCUAUCUCUGUCCCCUGCACCUUAUCUAUCCUCCCUUUCUCUCCCUCUCUCUCUGUGUCUACUUCCCUCCCCCUCUCUCCUCAUAUCUCUGUGUUGGUGUAGCUAUAGCAGUCUAUGUAGGGAUGUUUUCUUAACCUUGGGAUAGUUUAUAUAAGCAGCACGACUGACUCUGGGCAGGCAGCCGCUGCUCCUGGGUUUCAGGCAAGAGGAAAGGAGUGUUCUGUGUUUCUGCAUGUGCUUCCGGAAAUACGACACAAGGACAUAUUAAAACUUCUUAUAUCUGCUAUACAUAAUAAAAAGGUUUCUGACCUCUGUUUGCUGCUUCCAUUAUCUUUAUUUUAGCUACUGAUAUAACAACAUUUCAACCAUUAUGGUUUAAGCUCAACCAUUAUGGUUUACGCUAGUUAGGUUACUCUUGUAAAAGUGAAUCAGCAGGCAUUGUUCUUUUUUUGUAUCUCAUGCUGAGUUCAUAACUAAGUGGGAAGGUGUAAAUUACCAGUUGUGAAGUCGUAAAUACCAGUUGGAUGCAUUAAAAUGCUUUGAACUUGUUUAGAAACGCUGAUUGGCUAAUGGACAACAAGCCGUGUCAACCAUAAACUAAAAGUACAGCUAUCAUGCUUGUAAUUAAAUGUUCAAAAAUCAGAUUAAUAUAUUGCUUUUUAUAAAUAAUGUUUGGUUGUUACAUUUAACUGCCUGUUAUGAAGAUAUUUCUUUAGUAGGUGACGUCAGAGGUCAGCAUGUGGGAGAAGUCGGAGCUCAGGGAUUAUAGACGAGUUUCCCACCAGUUGGAGGGGCAUUCAAGUGGAUUUGGCCUUGUCUUGAUUCCUAUAGGAGGCGGAGUCUGAUGAUGUCACUGGUGAUGUGGGCGGGUUCUGGCAGCAUGUGGAGGUGGGUCUCCGUGAGCAGGUGGUACGUCUGCGUUCUGAUUUAGCGCUGAACAGACAGGAGAGCCGAGAGCUGCAGGAGAGACUCAUGGUGUCUGAGGCCACGGUCCACGCACAGGCUGAACAACUCAAGGACUACAGGGAACUACUGAGUGAGUCAUCAUACAUAUGCCGAAAACAUACACGCAUACCACAGGAAGCUGCUACGGAGAAGACGGCUCAUAAUAAUAGCUGGAAAGAACACAUUUAAAUACAGUGUAGCUGAUUAACUUAAUUGAAUCACUCUAUGUAAUUUACUCAAUGGUUUGAGUAAUGGUUCUCACGCACUCUCUCUCAGCGGAGACAUCAGUUGAGCAGGACAGUAAGCAGGUCCAGGUGGACCUACAGGACCUGGGCUACGAGACGUGUGGUCGUAGUGAGAAUGAGGCAGAGAGAGAGGACGUCAGCAGCCCAGGUAACUUAGCUGUGUCUUUCCUUUUUUUGUCCAGUCCAGUCUCGCCUGUCUUUUCUCUCACCCCUGUCUUAUUUUGUGCUUCUCUCACCUUUCACCUCACUUACAAUGUCACCUCUCACUGCUUUUAUCUCACUUUGUCACUUGAGACAUCUCAAACUCACCAUAUAGUACCUACUUUACUUCUCACACACACCUCACCUGUCACUACCUUACCUGUGUCGGGUGUGAUGAUCUAUACAACUUGUUAGCCUCUUUCUGUAUCGCUCCUCCCUCAGAGUUUGAUGAUCUGGAGAUGUGUACGUUACUGAGCCACCAGCAGGACUAUGAGCAUGCUGGGGUUUGGUUCCAUGGUGAUGUGGGUGUGGGUGGAGCUUAUGAAGAAGGGGCGGAGUCGGGGACAGGCUCUCUACAGCAAUUGGUCCAGGACCUGCGUUCUCAGCUGACCCGCUGUCACAAGGUGAUUCGUGAGUUGCAGCUACGUGUGCGUUCACUAUCCACCACCAGCGACUACACAUCCAGUCUGGAACGCACCCCGCGCAAGGUACGUCAUGUACAUACAAGAUCUGAUUGAUUGAUUGAUUAUUGAUUGAUCAGUUGAUUGAUUGCUUCUGUGUCUUGUUCGCUUGUUGGUUUAUGGGCUGAUAUGAAAUUUUCCAUGACAAUUCAGUAUUUUCUCUCCUCUCUCCUCUCUCCUCUCUCCUCUCCAUCAGGUGAACUGGGCAUUCGAGGCCUCCCCAGCCCCCAGCGGUGUGGAAGAGGAUGAGGGCUGGAUGUCCGACAGCCUGGGGCCUCGCAUGGAACCCAAGCCCAGCCGGGAGCUGCGAGAGCUGGUGUCCCGAGUGGCCUCACUGGAGGCCCAACUCAAGAGCUCCAGGCUGGAGGGGAAAGGAGGGGUGGUGGAGGAGGGGAAGUGUGCUACCUGGCCCGGGUGAGUGGAAAAAUAGAGAGAGGAAAUUAAGGAAGGAAAUAAUGAUGAUAUUGACUAUGAUGAUGACUAUGAUAACAAUGAAAAUGGUGAUGAUGACGAUGGGUGCUCUGGGUCUUUUAUGUCUUGACCCCUCCCUUUCCUCCCUCUCUGCACAGGAAGUACAACACUCUGAUUCAGGCACAGGCCAGGGAGUUGUCCCACCUGCGUCAGAAGAUGAGGGAGGGCCGCGGAGUGUGUCACAUCCUCACACAGCACCUGGGAGACACCACCAAGGUAUGACACUCUGACGACCUCUCCACAGAUUAGGACAUUAUGUACCACUUCGACAGUGAUUGAAUCAAAUAAAUGUAAUUGAAAUAAAAAAUGGUUUUAUUGAACUAUUAACUGAAUGUAAUUGAUUCGAUAGACGUUUGAGGAGCUGCUGCGUGCCAACGACAUUGACUACUACAUGGGCCAGAGCUUCAGAGAGCAGUUGGCACAGAGCACUGCCCUGGCACAACGAGUGGGCACCAAGAUCAGUGGGCGUGAGUGUGGACACACACACACACAAACAUAUGCAGACACACACAUACACACGGGCACACACACAGACACAGACAAACACACACAUUCCCUGAUCUCCUGUCCUUCUGUCCUCCCUUUCCUCUCCACUAUUCCUUCUCUCUCCUCAGGUGACCGUGCUGAGCUCCAUGAUGAUAAGAUGGGCCAUGAGCUGCUUGCUUUACGGUGGGUUUUAUGUCCUAAUGAUGUGUCUCCAUUUGAAAGGGGUAUUCCAUUCACCUACAGUGUACUCUCUCCCGUUAUGCAGCUGGCAGGGGAAGAGAUCAACAGUCCGAGCCUCUGCCAGACACGG